GAUAUGUUAAUACCACAUUUCCGGUUUCAAGAAGUUGCAGUUUUCGUGAAUUGACCAGUACAGUAUGGCCCUCAGCAGUUCGCUGUGGAUGGGUGACUUGGAUACCUAUAUGGAUGAGUUGUUCAUCAGUGGGGCGUUUCAACAGCUAGGAGAAAAUGUGCUGCAUGUAAAACUCAUCAAACAUAAGAACACAGGCGCCUUGGCUGGAUAUUGCUUUGUUGAGUUUGGUGAUGCGGAUGCUGCCAACAGAGCCAUGUUGAAACUCAAUGGGAAGAUCAUCCCUGGCAGCAACCCUCCGAGACGGUUCAAGCUGAACCCAGCCAGUUAUGGGAAAGAACAUAUGCUAUUACCUGAGUUUUCCUUGUUUGUUGGUGAUUUGUCAAGUGAUGUUGAUGACUAUCAGCUGUACAACGCCUUUGCCAGGAGGUACAGAUCUGUUAGAGCUGCCAAAGUUGUUCUCGAUUCAACUGGUUCCACGAAGGGCUAUGGGUUUGUCCGCUUCUCUGAGGAAACUGACCAGCAGAGGGCUCUCAUUGAGAUGCAGCACAUGACUGGCAUAGGGCGUAAACCAAUCCGAGUCAGUCUAGCAUCGCCAAAAAGGCUGUCUGACGGAGGUGGGUCCUACUCUUCAUCCUCUGGUUACUACCCUCACCAUAACAGCUACUACUCUGGCCCCUACUCCUGGGGGUCCUACGUCUACAACUACAACCACAUGCACCCCGGCAGCUCAUCACACCACCCGGAUGCCCAUGACUAUUAUGGGCAGUCCUAUGAUGAAGACAUGGAGGCUUUAGAAGAUCCAUGUGUAGAAGUGAACAUCAACAAAGAGAACCGAGAAUUUAUGGAAUCAAGUGAAGCAUUUUUUGAAGCUCUGGAGAAAUCUCGCUGGUUCCCUCUUGACUCUGUGACAUCACAGAUUCCAACACAAUGACAAGGUUCUGCCUCUGGUGAACGAUGAAAGAAAGUUUGUGUGUGGUCUUGGAUGUAAGUGAUCAUGUCAGCUGGACCCAUUCUCCAUUGUCCUGUCCUAAUGUCUCCAUUCCAGUCUGAUUAAUAACCUGGUCAAAUUCACAAUCAUUGCUGUAAAAUUUUUUCGACCAGUUUGUAUGACUUAAUUUUGAUAAUUGACAAAUCAAAUUACAUUGUCCUUUCAAGUAGCAACAUCACUUUGACUUGUUUUUUGUGUUGGGUCGUGUAGUGUACUAUUUAAAUCAUUUGCUCACCAUGCUGAAGACCAUGUGUGAAAUAUGUGUCAUGCCAGAAAGUGCAUUUAAAAUCUCUAAAUCAUCAUCAUCAACUCUGUAGGCCAGUUUUGAUUUCUGGUGUCCCCGGCUGUGAUACUGCUGGAUUAUUGCUAAAAGUGGUGCAAACCAUACUCACUCACAUUUGUGUGCCAGCUCAAAUACAGCUGAAAUUUCUUGUAGCAUUAUGGCUUCGCUUCCCUGUUUUAGUUCUCAGGGAUAUAUCUGUUCCACUUGAAAGUUCUCAGAGUUUGAAUUGGAAAGCACUUGAUUGAGAUGCACUUUUCAAUCUAGUCCUAUGGCGAAUAUGUAAUCAGAAGAGGGACCUUGAUUGUGAUAAAUGCUGUGAAAGUUCGCGUGACUGAUCAGCCCAGGGUGUACAAUUGAACCAUAUCUUGGACUGCUGUCUGCAUGUCUGUUUCUGGUCUUUAAUGUUUCACAACAUAUGUGCUAGGUUGUGGUUUUCAAAUAUUUUGAGGUAAAGGUGCAAUGUAUUUUGAACAGGAGGGACAAUAAAUUUAACCAGGAAUUCAAUACCUCCAGAAUGUUGUGUAGAUCAUUGUUAAAAUAGUGAAAUAAAUAGUAAGCGUUAUCAGAAAAGAACUGUUGGGUUGGCACUCAUGGGGAUUCAAUUCCUCCAAGUUUGAAACUAUUUAAGCAUAUUUUAGAUCUAUUAUGGGAUAAUUGAGGUUGAUAAGUAUUCCAUCAAACAGCAGGACAAUAAUGUGUUUUUGUGAGAAUUAUGGAAUUAUGACUUAAUAGAAACAUGUGGUCCUAAUAAGGAUGUGACCUGUAUGUGUGUUUUGUGAAUCUCCUACUUGCUCCUUGGACAGGGGUAGUAAAGAUAUUUAUCAUUGAGUUGAAGGUUGCCUGGAAGAGACAAGUGAUCUUUACAGAGUGUAUGGUUAUUGUAAUAUCUAGUAUGUUUAGUGCUAAAUUAAUCUACUGCCUAAUAUUUCAGUUAACAGACAAACAGUGUGAACAACUUGAAACCAUUUUGCUUCAAUUAACUGCAAAACGUAAGGAGUUAUCUCCCCUGGACCAACUUUGGUCUUUGCUGAUGGUGCUGUUCAAAGUUCUAACCAAUACAAUAAUCGUCUCAGACAGAUUUAUGAUUCUAUUCACAUGGUGUGAUCUAUCAUUGCUUGAUAUUUCACUCUAUUAUGUAAACAUAAACAAGAAUCAAUUGAUUAUUAACUCAACUUAUUUUUCAAAUAUUGCGUGUUUGUGUGAUGUUGGUGAAGCCUUGUAUGGUGGGCAUGAAUGGCUUCAAUAUCACGUUUAUAACUGUGUAAUUAUCAAUGUCAUUGUAAAUAUCACUUUGAGUCUUGAAAACAUCAAGACAAAAUAAAAAAAGGAUUUAUUCAUUUUGAA